AUGCUUGACCCGUCUAUUUCUGGAACUGUUACUGGAAAACGAAUACGAAAGUCGGCGGUGUCCCGCCAUAGACAAGUUGCUGAAUCAGGCAAAUCUGGUGGUCUUUCCAAGCAUGAACUUGCCCGGCAAAUGUCUCAUUCCACAUCGACCGCUGAAGGACAUUACGCCAUGAGAGAUGCAGUAAAAGGUCGUGCAAAAGUAUCAAAUUUUCUACGAUAUGUCGCCACAACUACCCCUGAAAAAGGUGUUGAAAAACAUCCAGGAGAAAAUGACCCAAAAUUUAUUGAACAAAGCCCUGAAAAAAGUCCGGAAGACAGUCAUUCGAGUCCAGAAAAAAGUCCGGAAAAAGUGGAGGGAAGAAGUCCUGAAAAAAAAAAACGUUUGAUGCAACAACAAUGGAGGCCUGUUAAACGUGCGAAAAUAUCGCCGAAGAAACCUUUGCGAAGUGUGCGAAUGCAACUGGCAUGUAAGUCUUGA